UGGGACCCCUUCCAAAAACCGUCCCUUUCGAUGCCGACGGUGUCAGCACCUGGAACCUGCUUCUCAGUGCCGAAGAAGCUGCUAGCAGAGAGCCACAGGCUUUCAAGUACAAGGAUCCGCUCAUUGUCAUUCGCAUACUGGGUUUCUUCCUGCUGGACUUUUGGAACCACCAGAAAUCUCGUCUCUUUGGCCUCCGCCCAUACAAAAGUCUCCUCCUCAAAAUCAAGUCCUGUUAUGCUGCCCCCAGAGUGACUGCAGGGGAUCACAUUUUGGCUGCGCAACACACAACGCUUUUCCAACUGGGCCUUAAAUAUUGCAAUUAUCUUGUGCGCGUAUGCUCUGAACCUCUGCCAGCGACAGAGUCAUCGCCCACAUCUCGGUCGUCCUUUGAUCAGGCCAGGCGAGAGACAAUUCAAAGGAUGUUGAAAGCGGACAAGACCAAGUCGGAUGUUAAGUCUGUGGCUUUACUCCGUGACGGGUAUAAGUGCCUUAUCUCAGGUGUCUAUGACUGCGACAGUUGCUCUCAUCACCAGGAAAUCUUCGCUAAGGCUCUCGACGAGAAAAAAUCACUAAUUGGGACCGAAUGUGCGCAUAUCUUCUCUGAAUCUGCGCAAAACAAGGACAGGGCACCCGAGUAUGCAGGCACCACGCUAACAAUCCUCAAUUUGUUUAGCUUCGAUACCGAUGUCGAGAAACUUCUUGGGGGACAGGUAAACAGGCUCUCCAACGUGCUCACAAUGAGCCACGAUCUGCACGAGGGUUUUCGCAAGUUCCAAUUCUGGCUCGAGGAGGUCGCUGAAACAGCCAAUACUUAUAAAGUGAUGGCUCUCGAAAGCGCCAAUUUUCUUCACUUGCUUGCCGCCCCUCCUGCUCAGAGCGUCACUUUCAACGUCGACUCGGCUUCAGCAGCAGCCUGUGAGGCAAACGACGCCCCGCUCCCUGACUUGCCUAGCCCAACCCUGAUCGCGAUUCGUUCUGCUUGCGCACGUGUUGCUCACAUCUCUGGCGCUAUCGAGCAAUUCGACCACAUCCUCCGCGACGGGGAGGAUACAACCGUCAUGUCGAGUGAUGGCAGCACUGCUGAUGUUGAACUUCUUACCUCGCUCAUCAAUGCGCGUGUCAUUACUGUCGGUGGUUAGA